GCAUGUGGGCCCCAGAGAAGGGCAGACCACCUAACACCUGGUGUAUCUAUAAAUGGGGAAACCCGCUGUUCCGUUUCCCCAGACUGCGGAGGGUUUCGUCUUCGUUCUUCUCGGUUGCCUUUUCUUCUUCUUCCCACGGAGAUCAGUAUUAGAACAGAGAACUUGAAUCUUGAGUGACCGUCUAUCCAGGAUAUUGCUUCUGAGCGUUUACAUACUUGGAGAGGUUUCAACUUUCAACAUUCAACAUGAAGUUUCUGGAAUAUACCCCUUUGGACAGCAUAAACAAUUUCCUAAGCCACGUGGAUCUUGGAGAUUGUGUUUUAAAAGGAAAACUGGAAGCUUAUUCAUGUAAACAUGCUGGCAUGGACAGGAAACUCUCGUUUAGCUUGGAGCAGGAGAUCCUCGAUUAUCUUGCUCAAUCUUUGGAAAUUUCUCCACCUUCUUCAACAAAUCUUUUGUCCAGCAGAACAAGCCGGAAGACACUGAUCUAUUUGAUUCUUACACUUAAUCAUAUGUAUCCAGAUUAUGACUUCAGUGCUGUGCAGACUCACCAUUUUUUCAGAGAAGAAGGCUGGGAUAAUUUCAAGCAGAUGUAUGAAACCUACAUGCUGGAGGCUGAAAAGGAGUGGGCUUUGAACAAUGAGGGGGAUUCUCUUUUGGAGUGCAUGCUGAGAGCCAUCGAUGAGGUCAUCAAAUUGGCUGAAUGUGAAGUCUACAGUUACAGUCCAGACAUUGAAGGAGAUCCGUUCCUGCAAAGGGGUGCAGUAUGGUCUGUCAAUUUCUUCUUUUACAACAGGAAGUUGAAGCGAAUCCUUAGCUUUCGCUGUUGUUGCACGAGCAAGUUGAAUAUGGACGACUGGCUUGCCGACGAGGUGCCAAAUGGGUAUGAUGUUGUCGACAACGAUGACCUGUUCUACGACAUGGACAUGUGAUGCAUCAAGCAAGCACCGGCAUCUGUAGUAAUAUGUAAAUGCUGCUACUUCAGAAUUCCUGUACAAAGUAGUCAGUGAAAAACUUGCACACUGCUUUCUAGUGUCUGUAUCAGAUAGGAAAUGACUGAUGUAUAUAAAUAACUAACUUUGUCUUCUCUGAUGAUCCGUAGUUUGUGAAUUACUUUCUCAAUUCCUUUGGAGUUGGAUAUUCAGUCAUACCACAUGUGGAAAAAUUUGGCUUUCGGGUUGAAAUGUAUGUACACUUUCGUGGGAACAUGGUCUGUUUAUGAAGUAAUUUAUGGCGCAUGUUUGUAUA